CUCCACUCUCUGCCACCACCAAUUUGCGAUCAAAAUCCAAUUUAUCUCCUCUCAGUGACCGUCUGGCCGAGUUUGAGAGGUCCUCAAAGAUACUAUGGGAAAAAAUUAAAAUGAUAUAAAAUUAAAUUGGCAAAAUGGUGCUGCGAUAGCAGGUAUGGCAGACGAACAGAAGAAGAAAAAGGUUAGAGGUGCAAGAUAGUGCGAGAAGUUGUAUAAGAGGAAGAGGGAGGGUCACCCACCUAUAGAGCUUGAGUGGGAGGAUGGGGAGCCUGUAUGUGGACCAUUCGUGGCGGACUUUACUGGGCUUGUAUGGCUUUGAGCAGACUAACAGGGAGCUUCAUAAAAAGAAUCCUUAUCUGCAAUUUGUGGGCCAGGAUGGAUAUGAGAUGCUUCAACGUGAGUUGGCUGCUUCUCAGGCCACCAGUUCUGCCGAUAUCGCUGGUUCGUCUACCAAGACGGGUACUCAGCUCGGGCGAGAGAACUUUUGGUUGAGAGGUCACGCCCCGGGUAGGAAGCCAAAAGUUACGGACCCUGCACUUAUGGAGAUUUGUGAUAGGAUAGUCCAGCUGAAAGGAGAGGUGGCGGAGGCAAAUGACGGGCUCGACCCCCUUGUGGCAAUGGUGAACCAAGAAUGGUACCAUAAUAACUAUCUCACCAUCAACUACAUCCUCGAGGGGUUGGCCGAGACGCUGUACCCCGUCUAUGCUGGUGUAAAGCUUGCAAAAGAGCUUUGGAGUACCUUGAAUAAGAAGUAUCAAGCUGAAGAUGUCGGCACGAAGAAGUUCAUCGUCGAGAAGAUGCUUGACUACAAGAUGGUUGACAGCAAAUCUGUUGUCGCCUAGGCUGAGGAGCUUACGGUAAUCUUCAACAAAUGCAAUGAAGAGAAAGUAGGCGUCAGCGAGGCUUUUCAAGUGGUGGCCAUCAUCCACAAACUUCCACGCUCUUGGGAAGACUUCCAAGUCGAUCUCAAUCUCAAAAGAACGGAGCUGAACCUAGAGCAACUACUCACGCGGUUGAGAAUCCGAGAGGAGGGGCUUGCUAAAAGAGGUGAAGGGGCGAAAGCGAAUGUGGUAAAACAUCCGUUAGGAUCUUCACAUGGCGGGAAGGACAAAAAGAAAAUAGGUACUAAGGG